AUGAUCGUCUGUACUUUCAAUGCACGUACGCUAGCAUCAGAUGCAUCCAUCGAGGACCUGAUGGUACAAGCGCGAAUGAUCAAGUAUGACAUCAUUGGUCUGACCGAGACAAGAAGGCAUGAAUCUCACCAUGCCGUUUUCGACACUGGAGAAGAAUUGUUCCUCGGAACAUGCGAUAAAAGAGGUGUUGGAGGCGUCGGUGUCCUUGUCAACACAAACUUGGCUAAGAGCAUUGAUUCAUUCGAAUGCCUAACAACCCGAAUCGGACGUUUACAUUUGAAUAGAUGUGGCUCACUGCCUGCAGUUUCUAUCUUCAUUGUCUACACACCAACAUCUCAUUAUGAUGAAAGAGAAAUCGAGAAGUUCUACAUGGAGCUAGAGAAGUUCUAUAAAGAAGACCACACCUUCUACAAGAUCAUUGUGGGUGAUUUUAAUGCCAAGAUAGGACCUAGAAGAUCAGCUGAAGAACUUCACAUCGGGACCCAUGGCCUAGAAUGGAACGAACAGGGUGAGAGACUGUCUGAGUUCAUCAUGUCGACCAAGACCAUUCAUGGUAACUCACAGUUCUAG